AUGAUCUCUGACGAUUCCCCCGGAAUCGUUGAAGCAGACGACCAGGAGGUUUCUAACCUUGUGUUACAAUAUCUCCGACUGUUCAUCCGAACGGUUGAAGUAGACGACCUGGAGGCAACCCCCUUAGUGGAAUUCCCGUGUCCGAGGGUGGGCGCCAUGGCGGAGCCUCGCCCGGAGUACCCUGCCCCACCCUUGCGAGCAGUUUCAUCUCCAGAUGCUGAAGCAUCUGAGCCCUUUCCCCCUCAAAGAGGCAGUGAAAGAGACUGGGAUCACGCCCCGGACAGACAGCCAGACUCCAGUAAGAGUGCCCCUUGGACUUCCCAGUGGCCAAGACCUAAGGCCUCUGUUCCCACCGCCCCCUUGACCACAUCUGGUGAAGGGGAUUGGAAGGUUGUUGGGAAAGAGGAAAGCAAGGUCGGCGGCACGCAGCAGAGCGUUGAUGUCUCCACUUCCGACAGCAGGCGGGAUGAUGCCUCGGGCCCCCUGCUCCCAGGAUGGAUCAUUCUCCAUACACUAAAAAGAUCCAGCGGAUCAAGGAAGUGA